AUGACAUCGAUAUAUUUUUUUAUGAAUAAUCCUACUCCACCUCAAGUUUACUAUGGCAGUCCAAUGCCUGGAGCUGUCAAUACUCAAGUGACAUAUACCACUACUGCCGGUGUCACCAAUACCAAUUUUCAAAGCGGUAGAAGCAAGAUGAAAUUGUUUCCAAGACUGAAUAGACAUAGAGAGAGAGUAAAGGAAGCACCACCACCCCCUAUCAAUGUUCAAUUCGAUCCAAUGGGCCAGACAUUCAACAUGCCACCCAAUCAAUCUCCACAAAACAACCAAAUUAACUUCUCACCAAUGCAAUCGCCACAAAACAAUCAAUACAUGGCCACACCUCCCAAUCAAUACGGAGGAGGAUACUCUCCGAAUCAAAUGCCACCAAGACAACUGUCACCGAACCAACAACAACAACAACAAAUGCAAACACCUCCACAAUACUAUGGUGGUCCACCUCCUCCAAUGGCACGUCAAUACUCACCGAACCAACAACCUCCUAAUCAACAGAUGCCACCACCCAACAACAACUAUCCAAUGAAACCACCAAUGCCAGUUCAACAACCGCCAUUUAUGCCUGGUCAACCUAGUGGAAUGGGAUAUGUUCAACAGCCAGGAUAUCAACAGUACCCUCAACAAAAUCAAUAUCAACAAAUUUAA